AUGAGCACCACAAUUCCUACAGUAAAGAGGAGGGCAUGUGUGGCGUGCACCGCUGUCAAAGCGAAAUGCACCCCGCAGGCUGUCAACUUAUGCCAGCGGUGCGCUCGGUUGGACAAGCCAUGCACGUACCUUGACCUUCCGCAGACAAAGAGGAGGCACAAGGCUACACCGAGCCGUGUAGAGGUGCUAGAAAGGAAGGUCGAACAGCUACUGUCGCAACUGGAGGCCUCGACACGACAAAAUGGGCGGACAUUAUCCGUUGUCUCCAACUCAUUUCCUACCAAUUCAGGUCUGGGUCAAGUUCCGGAACUGAAUCCGAGAGAAAUUGAGGCCCUCUUUGACGCUGCUAAAGACCCGUCCCACGGCCUUGAUCUGCCGACCGACUCUGUCCUGGAGGGUCAGCCUUCUAUCGUAGAUAGGGGACUUUUGAGCCAAGUUGAAGCUGAGCACUUGCUCACUACCUUCCAGAUCGACUUGGUGCCCAAGUUCCCCUUUGUUGUUCUUCCACGCGGCGAAACAGCCUCUCGUCUCAGACACCAGACUCCAUUUCUUUUUUUAUGUGUUGUAGCCGCGACAAUCGGCAGUGCGCAUCCUCUGCGCCAAACUAUCAGUGAGGAAAUUAUGAAGCAUCUCAAUUUGAGGGUUGUGGAACGAUCUGAGAGAAAUAUGGAGUUGCUCCGUGGUCUGUUGGUUCACAGUGCAUGGUACUCAUAUCCCGCAGAGAGAUAUCACCCUCGACUUUUACUCUUGAUGCAGUUUUGCAUUUCAAUUCUAUACGAUUUGGGACUUCACAAAAAGCCUGGUCUGAGUUUGGAUGAGCAGCGGGCGCUGCUCGGUGUAUAUUGGCUCUCAGUUGGUGUCUGCGGCACACUCGGUCGGCCGAUUAUCAUGAAGCAUGAUGACCGAAUCAAAGAGUGUAUUCAGAGCAUGGCAUCUACCGAGCAGCUGUCGGAUCGGUGGAUCGCGCCGCUUAUCCAUCUACAAGCUUUCUUGGCAACAAUGGAUGAAGUCUACGCUUCACUGCGAGCAAGUGGCGGAAGGGCGCUCGUCCAAGUCACUCACGGCUCACUGCAACAUCAAUUUGAUAGUUUAAGAGAAUCUUUAGAAAAGAAUCUUUCGGCCUGCCCUUCAUCAACAGUCAACGCAAUACGCAUUGAAAUCAAAUAUGUGGAGAUCCGGCUCCACGAAUUGGCUAUUCACGAGGAACUGUGGAUCACAGAGCCUACUAGUGCAGUCCGGACAAAUAUGCUGAUCGGUAUGAUUCAACAAAGCAAGGAACUCAUACGCGCUAUUCGAAACCUGCCAAGCUCAGAGAUUUCCCAAAUGACAAUAACCACCAGCGCCCAUAUAUGCGCCACGGUUGGUUACUUUUCCACUGCAGUAUUAUCCCUUCUCAAUCUCAUAACUGGCUUCAAGGAAUCUUGUAUGGAGAGCCAAGUACAGGCUGUCGUUGAUGCAGCAGACUACCCCAACCUUCUCACGGGGCUUGCUAACACGCUGGAAACAAGGUUUGAGGGAAUGUCUGCUGUGGACAAAGAAGCAGAAAUAUUGGGGAGUCUUUGCUCUAAGUUGAGGCUGCUGGCCCGUUGUUACCCAUAUCAAGUCAAGGCAAUUGUCGGAAUAUCACCACUCCAAGCUGCAGGGCACGAGGCUCCCAUGAUCGCAGCUCUUACCAAUGGGAAUGCUAGAGAAACUGAAGCCUGGCCGUCAAUCUACAGUGAUCUGGGCGACAUCCUCCCUGUUGACGAGAUUCAAUGGGAUUCUUUGUUGGGCGGCUUUACUGGGUUUAACUAG